AUGUGCGGAUCGGAGACGGUCUUGAUCUCCAACGCGAACACUAGCAGGGAGGCGGUUGACUUGCUGCCCAAAGACGCCCUGCACCUUGUUCUCAGGGGUGACAACGAAGAGAUCACGUCUGCUUGUCUCGAUCAGAGCGGCGAAGCACCUCCGAACGAGACUUUGUUCAUGGUCUCUUGUGGGCAGACGCUAUCAGGCUCGCAAGCCUGCUGCUCCCAAGAAGUCCAAGACAAGAUGAUGCAGAGUGUGGGCCUGCAUGACUCUUCGUGUGUGACAACAUCGGUCACAGACAGAACUGCAUGUCCUGAGAAGCAGCACACAGAAGUCAAGAACAUGUUUGCGAGAGAGCUCGCGUUCCGGGCAGUCUUCAAGAACGAGGCUCCCCCUCCCAAGUCGUCCUCCCUCCACACCCUCGUGAAGGUGAAAUCCAACGAGUCCAUCACCCGUACGCGGUCCCUGCCGAGGACGGGAUCAUGGAACAACUUGGCGUCAGGGGAGCGGCAGCUUGACUACAAGUCGCAGUACAUCGAUGCUUGGGUCCGAUCAGCUAGCUCGGCCAGUGGAGAUGAUGAUGACGAUGACAGCAAUGAUGAUGAAGGGCGGGAGCAGGAGCAGGAGCAGGGGGAAGAGGGGAGUGGGGAUAGCAGCAGGGCUCCGCGCUCUCUGCAACGGAGAUCUCUCGGAGAGGAGACCACGAGGUCGUCAUCCUUGCCGCGUACAGGGUCUUACGAUGCUCUGUCUACGAUGAAGAGACAAACAGACUUCAAGACCCUCUACCUCACGAACGCGCAGACGCAUCAGGACUCGUCGAGCUCGGCUGAGAGUGAAAGCAACAGCUCUGGCUCAGAGGUCGGCGCACAGCUACAUCCUUGCGAUUUGCCACUGCCUCGCACUGGAUCCUUCGAUAACCUUGUAUUUGGAUUUCAAGUCAAGAUUCCUCCGAGCUUCUUCGCUGGACAAGCCCGGACCUUCAGCAGCAACAGCAACAGCAACAGCAACAGCAACAGCAACAACAAUGACAGCAUCAGUAUCCUCAGCAGCAGCAGCACCAACAACAACAACAACAUCAACAUCAACAUCGUCUCUGUGGCGACCUCUCCGUUGCAAGUUCCUGGCGGAGGAGAAGAAAAACUCGUUGCGCUGCUCAGUCUCUGUUGA